CUAACUGAUUUAAAAGCCCAAGAAUAUAAUUCACAAAAAUUUUUGGAAUUUUUAGAUGAUAUUUUUUAUAAAUCAUUUAUAGAUGAUGCCAAUUUUUUGCAAAUGGUUCAAGUAUUGUUUACAGGGGGAAUGGAUCUGAAAAAUUUUAAAACUAAGUUUAAAAAAUAUGAUUUUACCAAUGUUUGUGGUUUGGUUUGGAACAUCAAUUUUAUAGCAUACAGAUGUAGAGAUUGUGCUGUAUCUCCUUGUAUGUCUAUUUGUCCUCAAUGUUUUAAAGGUGGUAUCCAUGAAAGUCAAAAUCAUGAUUAUAAUCUAUUUAAAAGCCAGGCUGGGGGUGCUUGUGAUUGUGGUGAUAUCAAUGUUAUGAAACCAAAUGGAUUUUGCCACAACCAUAAUAUCGAAAAAAUAAGCCAGGCCCCCAAACCACCAGAAGAUCUUUUGAUAAUGUUACGUUUGAUGUCCCCUUAUUUAGUUACUAAAAUUUUGGCAUUUUUUAGAGAAUGUUGUCAUCCAAAUGGAGAAUUCAAUUUAGAGGAUUUACCCUUGUGUUACCCUUACAUAGAAUUUCUUUCGAGUAUGAUAAACACAGCAGCUCCUAUCAAGGCGAUAAUCGCCGAAGACUUGAUCAGCGGAAAGAUUUACGAAGAUUUUGUUAAGAAUACCUCUCAUUCCAAAAACCUAAAUAUCGAGCAAAACAUUGACGAGCUAGAUAGGCUUGGAGAGGUUUUGAAUGUUCAUAAUACUAAAAAUUCUUUAACCAAUCUCCCCUACAACUCAAACAAAAAUAUCGAAAACUCGGGAACCCGUUUUUACAGAACCAUAUUCGUCGAAAAUCGCCAAAAAUAUCUUCAGGCUUGCCACAAUCUAGGAACUGAUCCCGAGGGAGUUCAAAUGUGCCAAUCUAUCGACGUCUGCGAUAAAUCAACCUUAAAAUUUUUUUCACAUUCCACGGUGCUGGACGAAUUAAUGAUGUGGAUUUUCUCUACCGAACUCCCGCAAACUUUGGUAACUUUCGUGUUGCAAAUGCUCAAUUUGACUGACCCAAAAGCGCUCAUAAAAAACAGUGGCGAAAAGCGAAAAGAUUACAAGACAUCUUUCGCGGAAUCGGUUGUCAAGCAUUACAGCUGCUUACCCAGAGUGCUCAUGAGGUGUCUCGCACCUGACUUGGUAUCUUCAAGAUUGUUUCAUAUAAGUGUCCAAUUGUUUAGCAACGCUUCGCUCGCCUACAAAAUGGUAUCAGGAGAGGGGAAUCUCCUUACGUUGAGUAUUAACAGCCUGAAUCUUUUGAUCUUGCCAAUAUUAAUCCCCCAAGGUGACGACAACAAAAUUAAAAAUCUUCACGUAGCUGUUGAUUGUUCGCACAAAAUCAUGCAAAGUCAUUGCUACUGGCCAGUAGUUUCGGAUUUGAUCACUCUUUUGUCCCAUGCACGCAUAACACUUUACAUGUUAACGGAUAAGUAUUUGAGUGCGCUAUGGACACACGUUCUCUACUCCUUUCAAGGUAUGAACGUGAACAAGCGCGAAAAACACAACCAUCUUGAGUUUGAACCUCGAACCUAUUACGUUGCCUUUUCUUCAGAAAUCGAAGUAUGUUCUUCGACUCUUCAAGCCUUGUUAUGCCAUCUGAAGAUUGGAAAUUUUAUCAUUGAUCUAAAUGAUUCAAAUAUCUCAGCCACAAGUGAUGAAACAUCUGUAAAAUUCGUUCAUUUCGCUACACUUCUGGGAAACGUUUUAAUUAGCCUUCAGGACUGGUUUGAAGUUGUUGGCUUAGGGGUCAACGAAAUGGUAAGUCGAGACGAGGUGACUUUUCACCUUCCUCUCCAUCGUUACCUUGCCCUUAUACUCUCAUAUGGUGUGAGGUAUUUUCAUAUGACUUGCACCGACCUAAUGGAUAUAUUAGGAAGCGUUCAUCCAUCUAUUCCCUUGAAGGAUUACGUUAGGCACCUAAUUAAGCAUCCCCUCAGGAUUCAGGCGGCUCUCAAUGAGAUAAACGCAGGUCUAUGGGUCCGCAAUGGUAUUCAAAUGAAAGGGCAAGUCAUGACUUACAUGCAAAACGCUUUCAACCACUCUAUGGCUUACCCGGAUAUCUUUAUCCUACAAAUUUGUGCUUGCUUCAUUCCCGCCGACGAAUUCAUGGAUAUUUUAUUCACUUACUACAACGUUAACAAAUUGUUUCCCCUUUGGUGCAAUUCCAACAUUACGCUCACAGAUUACAAAAUGAUUGAAGGGCUGUUGGUACUCAUAUCUACUCUCCUAACCUUUAGGGACAUGAUAAGUCCGGACGAAUGCAUUACCAUGAAGGGCGAUAUGGUAUCCCUAUUAUCCAAAUCUGAACCUUCCCAUAGUCAACUGAUCGAAUUGACGCCUGAUAAAUCUGCUUUCAUCAUAGUUAAUUCUCGGGGAAGCGAAUUAUUUAGGAAAUUUUUGAACGAAAUCGCGGAAUACAGACCUCCUAACCUAGAAAUGGGUGGAGAAAUAUCGCAAGGGUCCUACUUACCUAAAGCAAUCGUUUGGCGAGAUUUAUACGAUCCGCUAAAGUUGAUGAUGGGUGAUGUGAGCCGAAAGGAUUACCAAACUAGCAUGAAUAAAUAUAAGGAAUUCCUCAAAUGGAACUAUAACAACAAAUUGAGUUCAGAUACAAUCGAGAAAAUAUGGCCACCAUUCCGAUUGCCGAAUUAUUUGAAAAAAGAUACCUCCUGUCGUAACACUAAAUUAUUCGAUUUCGUGCUACCCAACUUGUUGCGUUCUUCAAAAUUUGAUCUCCUAUUGGUGAAUGUGCUUUACGAUUAUAUAAAAAAUAAAGAUAGAACGCCCGAAAUUGUGUUACAAUUGGCCGUUUACUUAUUGGGAAUUAAGCUAAGCGUCCCUAUUACUACCGAUCAGGAUAUCAAAUCUCUCAAUGAAGAACCAUUAAUAUCGAAUAUGGGGGCUUCCUCUCACCACGAGUCAUCUAAACAUUAUAUACCGACUAAAACCGUAAAUGACAAUGAAUCGGCCUUUGAAAAUGCUGACCAUAUUUCCCUCGAAAAAGGAACGGAUAGUGAUGACGAAGGCAGAAAAGUAAAUCGAUUCGACAUUCCCACCCUGACCCAAUUACUAAUGUACAGACCUACCCCGGUUAAAUUUAACCAAGUUUACGCCAAAGAUUUCUCAUACGAGCUCGAACUCGCUAAGAAUUACUCCAGAAAGGAGUCCCCCGAAAAUUCUGCGAAGAGGGAGGGAUCAUUUGAAGUUUCUAAUGGCUCUAACAGUGCCAAAUCACUCUUAAACACCAAUAUAAAGUUAAGAUCGGUUUUGCUCUCAAAAUUCGCUUCUUUAGCCUCACUCCCUUCUGGUUCAAAAAACUAUAAUAAUAAUAAUAAUAAAAUUUUCAACGAAACAAAAUGCGAUGAUUUAAUUCCUAGACCACAAAAUAUAGUUAUCAGCAUGGAGUAUUGUAUAGAACAAAUCUACGAAUCUUUCGCUGGGAGUAUCUAUAUCGAAGAUCAUAGGCAUUCAGAUAACAACAAUAGAAUAGGGGACGGAAAGUUAUUUCUUGGAAACCUUCUUGGGAAAUUGAGAAUAUUUGGCCCUUUCGGAAGUGACAAUUUGUCGAAAGAAAUGGAUGAAUACAAGAAUAGCAAUGAAAUGUGUGUCGAAGGUGUCCAAAUAGACCAAGAAACGAAUAACAACAGUAAGAAUUCAGAAAAGUCCUCUAAGGAAAAGCGGGCCUUUGAAAAGGGGAACGGGAUGGACAAGAAAAAAUUUGCCAGGGAACGACAGAAGAAAAUUAUGAAUUCUUACGUUUCGAAACAGAAAAAAUUUAUUCAACACGUAUCUCAAAAUCCCAACCUAUUUUCCCAUCCUUCCUCAACUACUAUCGAUAUUUCUAAUUCACCCUCUAACACGGAACUUUCUGGCCAACGUGUUCUCGAGCCAUCCUUUCUUGACCAGGAUUCAAGUGCCAAAGAACAAAGCAAACGUGAAGAAACAGAAUCAUCUAUCAUCUCGAAACCUACUUUGAUAACAGGGACCGAAACAUGUGCUAUUUGUGGUAUGCUAGUUAGACUCGAAGACCGGAAUUGCGAUCAACCGAGCGGGUUAAUAGUUUUCACGAACAAUUCCAGUGUUCUGGGCAAAUGUUGGAACCCAUAUUUGGAAAUUCCUGACAUAUGUGACGUGCCACUCGCAACCCUGAAAAAUUCCUCCCAUAUGGAAUCAAAUUCAAUAGAUUAUGGCGCCGAAUAUCAUAUUCCCCAAGAUUCUAUCGAUACUAUAAAUUCCAUACUUCCCCUAACUAAUAACCGUUAUCCAGUAGGAAAAAAUGCGUUGGAUAUCGAAGCGCCAUCAUCUUCCAUAACCGCUCCACGGAAUGCGGUCCGAAAGGAAUUUUAUUCAAGCAAACUAAAAGGGGAGAAAGGUAUCGACAAAUCUAUCUUGAACCAUAUGCGAGGUAACAUGGCAUCAAACAUGGUCAAGGCUUACUCGCAAUACUUCGAAGCAGUGAAAAAUGAAUCCAGUGAAAUAGACAAUAUAAAAAGAUUGGGAAGUUUCGAUGGUUGGGUCAAUUCUCAGAUCUUGUCUAAUGGGUUGAUACCCGAGCAAUGGUUAUAUCUUAUCAAAAAUUUCGGUUGGGACAAGUACACCCACUUGACUACCUGCGGCCAUUACCUGCAUUAUUCGUGUUAUAAAUCUUAUAUGGAUACUUUACAGAAUCAAUCCAAUGCAUUCAAUUCCAGCGUCAUAUCUAGUCUGGGCGAAUUCAAUUGCCCCAUUUGCCGGCACAUCUCCAACCGUCUUAUACCCGUGUACUUACCCAAAUCGGAUAGCCAUUUAUACAUAAGGAAUGAUCUAAAGAAACGAAAAUGUUGUUUUCCUACUAAUUCUUCAAACAUCUCCGAUAACUUUCCUAGUUCAUUCAACAAUUUUCCCGACUACGAUCCCAAAAGUGAGAAUAAAUAUGAGGAUGGUAUUCCGUACGAUGUUGAGAGAAAAAACAAUCUAAACAGCUUUAUCUUAGAAAGUUUACGUGAAUUUUUAAAUUUCGAUAGCAAUAAAAGUAUUAACGACAAUCCGCUUUUACUAGAUAGUGAUAAUAGUAAUAAUCUUCUUUUAAUGAAGGAAUGCGAAAUACAAUUCGACGAACGCCUUAUAGGAGACAAUUUCAUGCGUUCUGCGUCGGUUCCUUACUUUUCUUUAGACCCUCUUAACCUAAAUAUUACGGAUGAUAACGUUCUCAAUAGCAAUUAUACAAAUAUUUCUCUUAGGGAUGAUACGGACCGGGAUAAUACCGUUCCCCCUACGGAUGAUAUUUUGAACAUGGACUUUUUGACGGAUGAUCCUAGCAAUGUAAUUCAAUUAGACUCAUCUUCAAAUUUUGGCAGCUUGCCUAAAUAUCAGCUCCUUUAUCUCUUUUCUAGACUGUGCUCUGUGCUAAGGAUUAACCUAGAGGCGGAGUUGGUGAGGCGCCAAAUUAACAUUACAAAGGAUAACACGACCGGCAAUAACGACCUUUCUAAGAGAUUAUUUUUCAUAUCGUUGAUUCACAGACUACGGUGUAAAUUAGAAAAUUUAAGACCUUUAAAAAAAGUACUUGAUUUUCGAUCCAAUGGAGAAGACCGUCUCGAAAGCGAUUUUGUUGAGUCCACCCUGAGCGAAAAUAUUAAAUAUACUAGUCAAAUGCUGGUCGAUUUAUGGUCUUACUUGAAUUUCCUUGAUUUCGACGGUCAUUCAGAUUCCACCAAAUUAAAUCUAUUAAAACGCGUCUUAUGCUUCUGUGAUCCUUGUGCUCUAUUAGUCACUUACUUUCUAGCCUUGAAAGAUCUGGUAUUCCUAAAUCAAGACGUAAUACUGAAGCUCGUGAGAGUUUUCUUCUUCAUACAAUUGGUUCAAAUUGUGAAAUCCGUAUAUCCAUCUCUCCCAACCACAUUUUUUGAAGAUUUAGCAAAUACUCCUGAUCCCUAUACAAAAUUAAAUCUGGACUCAUCAGAAAUCGGCCUUUUUACCGGAUUAAUUCGCCGUUUAUUAAUUACGCUCCAUCUGAAUCCCACCAAGUCAAAUGCUGAUUUUAAUCAGGAUUUUCCAUCGAAUGAAGACAAUUUGCCUUCGACAUCCAAAAAUUUAGAAAUUAUCCGAAAUAAUGAAACGUUUAUAGGGGAAUUCAAGGACAUUUGUUAUUUGAUAAUGGAAGAAUUGUCCCAUUACUUAUCGUUCUCUUAUCUCCUUCACCAAUCUAUCCAUAUCAUGCACGAUGAAGAUGGAUUCGUUCUAACUCCUGAAGAUGAAGAAGAUGCUCUUCUGACGACCCGGAUCUCUCUUUUAAUAAAAAAACUUGCGAUCUUCAAAGAAAAUGAUUUUGCCGACGAUAUAACAUUGCAUUUGAUAGAUGAUUCCGUUCUUAGUGAUCGUUACAAGCCCUCGAUGCUUAUUUUAGCUACUCUUUCCCCUUUCUCGCAACACCGAAAUUUCUCAUGGAAUAUUGAUCAAAUUGGAUCUAACUCCAUCCUCCACUCUUUACCAGCUAAUUAUGAAACCCUAUUCUCACGUUAUUACGGAGCCCGAUGCUUCGAAUGCAUGAAUGUUCCUUCCGACCCCGGGAUUUGCCUAGCAUGCGGAACCUUAGUAUGUGUUAAAGAUGCUUGUUGCGCCAAAAAUACCAUUUUCGAGGCCGUUUCACAUUCAACUCAAUGUGGUUCCGGCACUUCGAUUUACCAGAUAGUCAAUUCUGGUUCUAUCCUUAUCAUUUGCGAACACAGAGCUUGUGUGUGGGCUUCGCUUUAUCUUGAUUGCCAUGGGGAAGAAGAUAAGAACCUCAAGAGAGGCAAGCCGCUCUAUUUGUGUAAUGACAGACUCAGGUAUUUGCAAAAUAUGUACCUGACAGAUAGCUUCUUAACUAUGGUCAAAAGAUGGACAUGGCAUUUAAACAUACUCUGAGUGAAAACAAAUGUUUUAUAAAAAUUGGAAAUUUGUUGGAUUAAAAAAAUAUCUAUAUAAUUAUUUAAUUAUUAAACACAAGAUUAUGAUGUUUUUUUAAUAAAUAAUAUAUUGUGAAUAAUAGAUGCUCGCAGAAAAAUUAAUAAUUAUGUUAUUGUUUAAUUUAUUUUGA